AUGUCGCGUUACAGAGGGCCUCGUUUCAAAAAAAUACGCCGUCUGGGGGCUUUACCGGGACUAACUAGUAAAAGGCCCAAAACCGGAAACGAUCUUAAAAACCAAUCGCGUUCCGGUAAAAAAUCUCAAUAUCGUAUUCGUUUAGAAGAAAAACAAAAAUUGCGUUUUCAUUAUGGUCUUACAGAACGACAAUUACUUAAAUACGUUCGUAUCGCCGGAAAAGCCAAAGGAUCAACGGGUCAAGUUUUACUACAAUUACUUGAAAUGCGUUUGGAUAACAUCCUUUUUCGAUUGGGUAUGGCUUCGACUAUUCCUCAAGCCCGACAAUUAGUUAAUCAUAGACAUAUUUUAGUUAAUGGUUCUAUAGUGGAUAUACCAAGUUAUCGGUGCAAACCCCGAGAUAUUAUUACAGCAAAAGAUGAAAAAAAAUCGAGAACACUGAUUCAAAAUUAUCUUGAUUCAUCCCCCCCUCAGGAAUUGCCAAAACAUUUGACUCUUCAGCCAUUGCAAUAUAAAGGAUUAGUCAAUCAAAUAAUAGAUAGUAAAUGGGUCAGUUUAAAAAUAAAUGAAUUGCUCGUUGUAGAAUAUUAUUCUCGUCAGACUUAA